CGACGGCGCUUCGGGAGAGGCGGGCGAGGUGGCUCUCAGGUGUGUUCUUCCACAAGGGCCGGCCGACCGACUAGACAGCGUCCGAGCCGUGGGAGAAGGAGGCGGACGAGAAGAUGCCGCUGUCGUCGCCCCCGCCAGGCGACCCCAGGGAGUCCAGCCCGUCCAAGGCCCCCAAGAAGCACGCCACCUUCCACAUCUGGCGCUCUAGAAAGAAGCAGCAGCCUCCGCCGUCCGACUGCGGGGUGUUCGUCCCGCACCCGGCGCCCGCGCCCGUCGGCGAGGACAGAGCUUUGGAGGGCCUGGAUGGAAGCCAUGCGGCUCAGGAGUGCCGGGACAUUGCACUGCCUGGUGGGGAUCCCCAGUCCCUUCUCACCGCCAGCCAUGCACCUGGUCCUUUGCCCGCAGAAUCUAGAACACUGAAAAAGUCCAGAGCGCAACCACCGGAAGAGAACAGAAGGAAGCCGGUUUUGGGGAAACUUGGCACUCUCUUCACGGCGGGCAGGAGGAGAAACACCGGCUCAGAUGCCAAGUCGGUCUCUCCCAAAGAUGGAACUGCUGCUUCCAGGCUGCCUGAGAGAGAGGGCGGGAAGAGUCCAUCUCAGAGCAGCCCACCCAAGCAAACAGACGCCAGCCCGGAGGGCUGCCCGCAGGAGGCAGCGGGCGAGCGCCCGGAGGGCUGCGUCCCGGCGGCUCCCCCUGCCGAGCGGUCGCCGCGCUCGCGCCACGAAAGUGAAUCACCCCAAUUAGAACCUCCGCAGGCAGGGGGAGAGCCGUUCCCAGAUGCCACCGCCGCUGCCAAGCAGCCGCAUUCCGCACCCCGGAAUUUCUCCGGGCUAGAGCGCGCGGAGACGCCCGCCCGCAGUGCGGGGGAGGACGCGGCGCUCGGCGCUGGCGGCGAACCCGAGCCCGCGCCGGGUGCGAGGGGUGUGCGGGGGUCGCCCACCCACGAGUGGCCCGCGGGAGGACGAGGCGAGGCCCCGCACGCAGCCCCCCGCGCGUGGCCAGAGGGAGGCUCUCCCGGGUCCCCAGGAGCGCGCGGCCAGUCCCGCGAGGACGCGUCUGCUCCUGCAGGUGAUCCUCCCGCCGAGGGCGCGGAGAGCUCAGCCAGCCCGGAGCAGGCGGGCAGCCCAGCGCGGCCCGGAGGCUGCGGGUCCCGGCCGGGCGAGCGCGCCCACCCCGCCAAAGUGCUAACUUUGGACAUCUACUUGAGCAAGACCGAGGUAGCGCAGGGGGACGAGUCAGACGUCCUUGCGCCCGAGGCGGAGGACAGUGGCGACGGGGACGACAUGGAGAAGAGGUCGAGCGGCCGCCGGUCCGGCAGGCGGAGGAAGUCGCAGAAAUCCACCGACUCGCCGGGCGCCGACGCCGCGCUGUCGGAGAGCGCCGGCCGGGAUGACGCGGUGUUCGACGACGAGUUGGCACCAAACGCGGCGGCCGAGAGCCAGGCUGCGGAAAAGAAAGUGAAAUCUCCGCGGGCUGCCCCCAACGGGGGCGUUGCCUCCACCGCGAGCCCAGAGUCCAAAGCCAGCCCCGGGCCUAAAGGGCAGCUCCGAGGAGAGCCGGAGCGCAGCAAGCAGGCGCUCCCGGCCUCCUCGCCCACCAAGAGGAGGGGCAGGGGCCGCGCCCCCGAGGCCGUGCCCACCCCGCCAGGCGGUGCUCUGCGCUCUCCCGCCAAGGAGUCCCUACCCAGGAGGGUGCCCACGCCCGCGCCGGACCCUGGCCAGGCCGCCAAGGGCGCGGCGGCCGAGAGCGGCGAGGAGGCGGCGCGGGUCGUGCCCCGCGAGCUCACGGUCAAGAGCAGCUCGCUCCUGCCGGAGAUCAAGCCCGAGCACAAGAGGGGCCCGCUGCCCAACCACUUCGACGGCCGGGGAGAGGGAGGCCGCAGCAAAGAGCCGGGGAGGCUGGCCCCUGCUGCGGACGCCGACGGCUUGAAGCCCCGGGGCCACCUAGGUGCGGGCAGGUCGACGGUGACCACCAAAGUGACCCUCCCUGCCAAGCCCAAACACGUGGAACUAAAUCUUAAAACCCCUAAGAACCUGGACAGUUUGGGAAAUGAGCAUAAUCCAUUUAGCCAGCCGGUUAACAAGGGAAACACCGCCACCAAAAUCUCCUUAUUUGAAAACAAACGGGCUGCCAGCAGCCCGAGACACGCCGACAUCCGAGGCCCGCGGAACAGCCCCGCCUCUAAUAAAACGUUUGUCGGUAGGGCAAAGCUGAAUUUAGCCAAGAAAGCCAAGGAGAUGGAUGUACCCGAAAAGAAAGGAACGCCAAGCAGUCACCAGAAUGGAGUGGCCGAGAAAGAGGCCCCUGCCGAAUCCCAGGGCUCCGUGCCUGGAGGGGAGGUUGUGCCAGCGGCCAGCCAUGGCGAUGAAGCAGGUGUGCACCCAGAUGCUGGCCGCCCCUUGGAACCAGUGGCUGCUUCUCCGAUCCCUGCCAAGGACCAGGGGCUCCUAGGUGAGGACAGCUCAGAGGCCGCUGACAGCAAGAGACUUGCUAUGCCCGAGGCAGCGCGAGGCGUCCCCGCCACUCUGGAUACCCAAGGUUUGCCUCCAGCACCCACACCAAAGCCGCAGGAUGAGUGUUCUGACUCACAACCUCCCGCCGAGGAGGCUCAGGGGCCCCCUCCUCCCAGGCCUGCACCCGUUCCUGGGGACAGCCCCAGAGACACCUGUUCUCAAGUCCCCCUGAGUGACUUGCCGUGUCCUGAGCUCAAAGCAUCAGAGAGCCAGAACGGAGGUACAGAGUGGAGGGACAGUGAGAAAGCGCCAGAGUCUGGACUUGGAGGGGGAGAAGCAAACCCUCCUUUGUCCCCAGAGCCGGAGGGAAAUGAGUGUCCAUCAAGAGUCCUUGUCCAGGUCAGGUCCUACGUGCUGCCCCUGGACAGCCCCGGGGAUGUCAGCUCCCACCUCAUCUCAGGAAGCUCUGAAGUUCGGGAAGUGCAGUUGCCAAGCUGUCACAACAAUGAACUCGAAGUGGUUUCGGUUGCAAGCUGUGCCCCCACCCAGCAAGAGGAAGUGCUGGGUGGUAGGAGCCUGUCACCUACGCACCCUCACUGCGAGGGAGGACAUGUGGCGGAGUCGAGCCCGCAAGUCUCGCCGCGGCACACAGAGACGGCCCUGCCCACACAGGCUCAAAGUCAGGGCGAGAGAACCCCGGCACGGGCAGGGCCUGAUGGCAGUGCCGUGAACGGCCAGGACACCCCGGCCAGUCUUCUGGAUGUUUCUGCUGGGAGCGAUGACAGUGUGUUUGACUCUUCUUCUGAUAUGGAAAAAUUCACCGAGAUCAUCAAGAAGAUGGACAGCACAGUGUGCCUGCCCCAGAAGAAGAAGAAGGCCAGGAUGCCGCACUCCCCGGCCCCUCACUUCGCCAUGCCGCCCAUUCACGAAGACAACUUAGAAAAGGUGUUUGAUCCCAAUGUGUUCACCUUCGGUUUGGGGCGGAAGAAGGAAAACCAGGCAGAAAUGUCACCGGCUCUGCAUCUGAUGCAGAACCUGGACGCGAAAUCCAAGCUGAGACCCAAGCGCGCGUCCACUGAGCAGAGCAUCCUCUUCAAGUCCUUGCAUGCCACCACUAACGGGAAGAGCGAGCCUGCGGCCGUGCCAGAAGGCAAUGACAGAGAGACCCGGGAUUUCCCCAACGGGGGUGGGGUUAAGAGAUCGAGGCUGGAGAAAAGUGCCCUUUUCUCCAGCAUCCUUUCAUCUCUGCCGCAAGACAAAGUCUUUUCCCCCUCUGUGACGUCAGUCAACACGAUGACCACAACGUUCAGCAAUUCUCCGAACAGUCCCGCGGCGCAGUCUGCAGCACCCCAGCCCGCUGCAGAAGGGGCCCCGCCCUGUGGCUCACUCCCCGAGCCGCCCAGCCUGCCACCCAGCAACUCAGGGAAGGUCUUCAGUUUCAAUUCACAUCUGCCUCCCCCUGGCUUGAAGAGUGCCAGCCCCAUGGAGAAGCACCUGCAGAAAGAAGAAACCAAGGAGGAGCUGCAUCCCCAAAGCACCCCGCACCUGCCAGAAACCAGGCUUUCGGAACUUUCAAAGCCAAAGAGCGACACCGACGACACGGAGCGGGCGAAUCAUGUGGAAGGCGUCCUUAAAUCGAGCGUGCCGACCUAUGGAAGCAGCGACCCUGACUUCAUGGAGCUUUUCAGAUCUAGCCGGUACGACCCAAGUGUGGCCUUCUCGGGAAUGUCACUGUCGGACACAAUGACACUCAGAGGAGGAGUCCAAAAUAAACUCAACCCCCGACCUGGAAAGGUGGUGAUCUACAGUGAACCUGACGUCUCUGAGAAGUGCAUGGAAGUGUUUAGCGACGUCCAGGAUUGCAGCUCCUGGAGCCUGUCCCCACUGAUACUCAUCAAAGUGGUUCGAGGCUGCUGGAUUUUGUAUGAGAAACCAAAUUUUGAAGGGCACUCCAUUCCGUUAGAAGAAGGGGAAUUGGAACUCUCUGGUCUCUGGGGUAUGGAAGAUCUUCUGGAAAGAAGCGAGGAAGAGGAGUCUGAGAAGUCCGUGGUAAUUGGCUCCAUCAGGCAUGUGGUCCAGGAUUACAGAAUUAGUCAGAUUGACUUAUUUACUGAACCAGAGGGGCUAGGACUCCAGAAUUCCUACUUUGAUGACACUGAAGAAAUGCAAGGAUUUGGUGUCAUGCAGAAGACGUGUUCCAUUAAAGUACACUGGGGCACAUGGCUGAUUUAUGAAGAACCCGGAUUUCAAGGGGUCCCUUUCAUCCUGGAGCCCGGAGAAUACCCUGACUUGUCCUUCUGGGACACGGAGGAAGCCUACAUCGGAUCCAUGCGGCCGCUGAAAAUGGGUGGCCGUAAAGUUGAAUUCCCUACAGAUCCCAAGGUUGUUAUUUAUGAAAAGCCUUUCUUUGAGGGGAAAUGUGUGGAGCUGGAGACAGAUAUGUGUAGUCUUAGCGUGGAAGGAGGUGAGACGGGAGAAACGGCAGGAGACGCUUGUCUGCCAUUGUCAUCGGUGGGCUCCAUGAAAGUCCUGAGAGGCAUCUGGGUGGCUUAUGAAAAGCCUGGCUUCACAGGCCAUCAGUAUUUGCUGGAAGAGGGAGAAUACAAGGACUGGCAAGACUGGGGCGGUUACAGUGGAGAACUCCAGUCUCUACGGCCCAUUUUAGGUGACUUCUCAAAUGCUCAUAUGAUAAUGUACAGUGAGAAAAACUUUGGAUCCAAAGGUUCCAGUAUUGAUGUGUUGGGAAUUGUCGCUAAUUUAAAGGAGACUGGAUAUGGAGUGAAGACACAGUCUAUUAAUGUACUGAGUGGAGUAUGGGUAGCCUAUGAAAAUCCUGAUUUCACAGGAGAGCAGUAUAUACUGGAUAAAGGCUUAUACACUACUUUUGAGGACUGGGGAGGCAAAAAUUGUAAGAUCUCUUCCGUUCAACCUAUAAGUUUGGAUUCUUUCAAUGGGCCAAGGAGACGAAAUCAGAUCCACUUGUUUUCGGAGCCACAGUUUCAAGGUCACUGUGAAAUUUUUGAAGAAACAACAAGUCAAAUUGACGACUCAUUUUCUACCAAGUCUUGCAGAGUUUUAGGAGGCAGCUGGGUUGCCUAUGAUGGAGAGAACUUCUCGGGCAAUCAGUAUGUGCUGGAAGAAGGUCACUAUCCUUGUCUCUCCGCCAUGGGAUGCCUGCCCGGAGCAACUCUCAAGUCCCUCCGUUUUAUAGAUGUUGAAUUUUCUGAACCGACGGUUAUUCUCUUUGAAAGAGAAAACUUCAAAGGAAAAAAGAUUGAACUUAAUGCAGAAACGGUUAAUCUCCGAUCCCUGGGAUUCAACACGCAGAUUCGCUCUGUUCAGGUCGUUGGUGGCAUCUGGGUGACUUACGAGUUCGGCAACUACCGAGGCCGACAGUUCCUGCUGUCCCCCGCUGAAGUGCCUAACUGGUACGAGUUCAGUGGCUGUCGCCAGAUCGGCUCCCUACGACCUUUCCUUCAGAAGCGGAUUUAUUUCAGACUUCGAAACAAGGCCACAGGGUUAUUCCUGUCGACCAACGGGAACCUGGAGGACCUGAAGCUCCUGAGGGUCCAGGUCAUGGAGGACGUCGGUGCUGACGAUCAGGUCUGGGUAUACCAGGAAGGCGGUCUGGGGACAAGUAUUGAGAACUUGCCGUCACUGAUGUCAUCGAAAGUUCAGGGCAUAAUGUUGGAUGUCUGGUUCCAGUUCCCCUCACCGAAAGCUGAAGUGUCUAACGUGGGCCAUGUGGAGCCAGGGACCGGGAUAACUGUACAGAUCAAUUUAACGAGAGGAUUGAUUGCUAUGAGACUUAAAUACGUCUCCACUGCUAAGACGCAUCUGGUUGGUUCCUCUAAGCAGAUAGCGGAAGACUGCUGCCUGACCAUUGUGGGCAGCCUGGUGACAUCUGGCUCCAAGCUUGGCCUGGCCCUCGACCAAAACGCUGAGAGUCAGUUCUGGUGCAUGAAAUCCGACGGCAGGAUCUACAGCAAGUUAAAGCCAAAUUUGGUUUUGGAUAUCAAAGGGGGUGCACAGUAUGAUCAGAAUCACAUCAUCCUCAACACCGUGAGCAAAGAGAAGUUAACACAGGUGUGGGAGGCCAUGGUCCUAUGACCUUGGGCAAGGAACGCAGGAGGAAUCUUCCUGGAGGCCUGUCCGGUCACCUCAUUUAAGACUCACAAAAGCACGAGGCCCACAAAGAGCCGAGUGGAAAGCGAGACCCGGCUCCUUCAGCAGCCACGAGCUCAGUCUCAGUGAGGCGGCGCGGCGGGGAGGGCGUCCGGCUCACCGCUUCCGAGGCCACCACCGCGUGAAGCCAGUCGUCUGCCUCUCCUCGCGGGAGCUCCUCCCUGGCAGCUCCUGGGGGCUUUGUACACACGUCACUCCAAGAUUUCAAGACCACGUACCUGUCUCAGUGACCUCCAGACCCCCGAGGGAAGGGCCAUAGUGGCCUGCAAGUUUGGUCAGUGGCCUUACUGUUUACCGGGACUAUUAAUUAUCUUGUAUAGCAAAGUAAGGAAGCCUUAGAUACUCAUAUUUUAAGGAACUCAAUAAAAUCCAACAAAAUCCUA